AUGCUGGCAGGAAACACCUCCCUGCUCCUGGUCCCCACUGAGACCACAGACGGCGCUGCCCACCCCUCUCCCACACCCGGGAAACAGGAAACCUGCGAAGAGGGCAGUCAGGACGAGAGUUCAACCCUCUGCGAAGGUCCGGCAUCUGAUCCAAAACAGAAGCGGGAGCUGGGGAACCAGCAUGCAAUGAGGGGCCCAAGGGGCUCAGAUGCCAACCAGGGUGACUGCAGGCACUCGGCCAGUGGGGAGGACUGGACGCGUCAGAGGUGCAGGCGGAAUGCGCGCUCCUACGGGCUGAGCCCCUUGGCCCUUCCGCACCCCUGGACAUCGUGGGCCUCCUGUCCAGGGCUGUCCUCUUGA